AUGGCUGCCGGAGGUCAAACUUGGAGUACGCUUAAAGAUAAAAUGAAGGAGCUGCGCCAAGGGAAGAGAGCCGAGGAUUCUAGUAAGGCAGCCAAAAAGCUUGAGACCUUAGUUGUACAGCGCCUUAGCGCAGAGGUUUUGGGAAAAGCACAGAAAUACUCUAGAGUUGGUGCGCGCGAGUUCGUGUCCUUCAAAGACUUCGACGAAAUCUCCAUCAGCAACAUCAAGAGAGCUUGCAUGAAGCACUUCGGUAUGUUGGAAACAAUGUCAUGCGAUGUACUCGCAGGGGAGCAAGGGCCAUCUUGUUACUCGCUAAAACAGUUACCAAACUUGAAAGUAAUCCACGUGCGAUUCAUUGAGGGUAAAGUCCAAGACGCUCCAGUUGAAGUUCUCUGUGAGCGGCGGAAGAGAAAGAUCGCCGACAUUUCCGAGGGUGAUAAUGCUGAACAUGCGAAGGCUGCCGUUGCUGUGGCAUCGCUACCACAAUGGGUGUCAUCACAAAGCCCUAGCAAGUUUGUUCUGCGGAGCCUGUCUGUGGUUGACAUGCUAAGAUUGGGAAAGCUCAUCCCAAAUACCACAACCUCUGUUGAGAUGUUCAAUUUUGACCUGUCGGUAAUGGCGUGGACCGGAAGACCAAUUGCUGUGGAGUUUUCUAUUGAAUCCCAGCCAUUUGGAACAGGUGGAUUUCGGAAGGCCUUUAAAGCGACUUCUAAUGACAGAGGAUUCCAAGGCUCUACGUGGGUGGUGAAGAGAUAUCUAGAAAAGGCUUCGGAAGAUAUCAUUGCCAUUGGACAGACACUGGAAGAACAUACAAAGAAGGUAGAGCAAAUGCACUACCUAGCACGGAAUUUCGCAGCUAAACUGAAAGAAGAGCUUAUAGCAAGCGAUUAUGAAAUCCUUUUUGGGGAGACCAUGAGUUACAAGAAGAUACAUGGGAACAAUUGA